UCUUUGCGCUCCCGGCCAGAGUGCGCCUGAGCCGCCCGGGCCUCGGUGUUCCCGCGGGUCUCGCGCCGCCGCCUCUUUACGAUGCAGGCGCGCGCGCCGCUUCCCGCCGUGCUGGCCGCGCUGGCCACGCUGGCUGUGUUGGCGCUGGCCCGGGAACCCCCGACGGCGCCGUGCCCUGCGCGCUGCGACGUGUCGCGCUGCCCGAGCCCGCGCUGCCCCGGGGGCUAUGUGCCCGACCUCUGCAACUGUUGCCUGGUGUGCGCUGCCAGCGAGGGCGAGCCCUGCGGUAGCCCCCUGGACUCGCCGUGCGGCGACAGCCUGGAGUGCGUGCGCGGUGUGUGCCGCUGCCGUUGGACCCACGCAGUGUGUGGCACGGAUGGGCACACCUAUGCCGACGUGUGCGCGCUGCAGGCCGCCAGCCGCCGUGCCCUGCAGAUCUCCGGGACGCCGGUGCGCCAGCUGCAGAAGGGCGCCUGCCCCUCGGGUCUCCACCAGCUGACCAGCCCGCGGUACAAGUUCAACUUCAUCGCUGAUGUGGUGGAGAAGAUCGCGCCCGCCGUGGUCCAUAUAGAGCUCUUCCUGAGGCACCCUCUGUUUGGCCGGAACGUGCCGCUGUCCAGUGGUUCAGGCUUCAUCAUGUCAGAGGCUGGUUUGAUUGUCACCAAUGCCCACGUGGUCUCCAGCUCCAGCACCGCCUCAGGCCGGCAGCAGCUGAAGGUGCAGCUGCAGAAUGGGGAUGCCUAUGAGGCCACCAUCCAGGACAUUGACAAGAAGUCCGAUAUCGCCACUAUUGUAAUCCACCCCAAGAAAAAGCUCCCUGUGUUGCUUCUGGGUCACUCAGCGGACCUGCGGCCCGGCGAGUUUGUGGUGGCCAUUGGCAGCCCCUUUGCCCUGCAGAACACUGUGACAACGGGCAUUGUCAGCACUGCCCAGCGGGAUGGCAAGGAGCUGGGCCUCCGGGACUCAGACAUGGACUAUAUCCAGACAGAUGCCAUCAUCAAUUAUGGGAACUCCGGAGGACCCCUGGUGAACCUGGAUGGUGAGGUCAUCGGCAUCAACACACUCAAGGUUGCAGCUGGCAUCUCCUUUGCCAUCCCCUCGGAUCGCAUCACCCGCUUCCUCUCCGAGUUCCAAAACAAGCACGUGAAAGUCCUCUCACCAGCACCGCACUGAGAGCAGGGGCCUUCCUCCUGCCUGCCCCUCCCUUUGCGGCCCUGCGAGCCACACACAUGGACCCCAGUACAGCAGAGACCGGUCCCAUGGAGAACUGCAAUUGAGGAGCCUUGUUCUGUUCCGAGUGGCCCUGUGUGAAGAUGACAGGAACAGACAGAGCCUGUCUCUCCCAAGAAUUCGAGGCACCUCUGGUGAACAAUGGGAACUAGCCAUCUUUUCCCUCUGCUGCUAGGAAGCUCAGAACUAGCCCAGGGUUCUACCUCGGCUCCGUUGGUAGCCUUGGCCCUUUGUCUAGUGACCAGGGCUUUCCAGUUUAUCCUAUUUAUGGGAUCGGAGCUCCAUCCACAUAGACCGGCCUGUGGAUGACUGUGGUGCUGGACAUGGCCCAGUGGCCUCCUGUCCCCUCAUUCCCACUUUCACUCUCAGAUAAGAACUCACUGGGGCCCGAUCUGCUCCUCUGUUGGAGAGCAAUUGUCCUAGUCACAAGUGUCCAGUCACUUACCCUGGGUUCUGGGGAAAUGCUCACCCCAUCCCUACCUAAGGACAGUAUCUACCACCUGACGGUCUGACAAGGCUUAGCUAAGUGGAGUCUGUUGAUUUAAAGUCCUUCUGAAAUUUGUGCUUAUUUAUGCUUUUCCUUUUUGAAAUAAAAACAUUGGAUGACCUGAA